ACUCUGACAGUGCCUCACGGUGGACUUCUGAUAGUUCCCCGUUUCUCUGUGUCUGAGUCCUCCCCACUGGGGGACAAGACUUCUCACUCUUCUGAGUGACCAUGCCUCCUUGUGGUCACACUUCUCUCCGUCUGGGUAGCUCAGAGUCCUCUCCCUUUGAAACCGAGCCCAAGUCCUCCAUUUUUGUGAUUCAGCUCUGCCUCCUCUGUGUGAUACCAGACACUGCUCUAUUUGCAUUUUAGCAAAGAGCUGCUGAGCUUGUAAUCAUAGAUGGAAUGUGAUGAUCCACGCUGUCUGUGAAGAGGACAGACUCGCAACGGGCCGGAGAGAACUCACUCAGCUGUGCUCUAUGAUGGACUGAAUUGGGCAGAGACAAGAGACAGGCUCAGUGAAGAGACAGAUUCAAAGAGCAGUUUCACAUCAGCAAGGAGGCUGGACACCAACAGAAAGGACAAGGACCAGGGCUGCCAGACUGGACAUGCUGGGACUCGCCGAGUAUGUGUUUCUGGUUCUGUCCCUUGCUCAGUUCGGUCUGGGGCUGCUGGCGAAUGGUUUCAUUGGGUUGGUCAAUGGCAGCGGCUGGUUUAAGAGCAAGAGAAUCUCUUUGUCUGACUUCAUCAUCACCAGUCUGGCCCUCUCCAGGAUUGUGCUGCUGUGGCUCCUCCUGGUGGAUGGUGCUUUGAUCGUCUUCUCUCCCAAAGACCAUGAUUCAGGGGUGGUCAUGCAGGCGAUUGAUGUCUUCUGGAUGUUUAUGAACCAUCUGAACAUCUGGCUUGUCACCUGCCUGGGUGUCCUCUACUGCCUGAAGAUUGCCAGUUUCUCCCACCCUGCUUUCCUCUGGCUCAAGUGGAGGGUCUCCAGAGUGGUCAUGUGGAUGCUGCUGGGGGCACUGCUGUUGUCCUGCAGCAGUGCCGUGUCUCUGAUUGGUGAAUUUAAGGCCUACGCUGACUUCAGCAGAAUCAACGGCACAGGGAACGCGACAGAACACAUCAGAAAGAAGAGAAGAUACAAGCUGCUCCAUGUUCUCGGGACUCUGUGGAACCUCCCUCCCUCGGUGGUGUCGAUGGCCUCCUACUUUCUGCUUAUCCUCUCCCUGGGAAGGCACACGCGGCAGAUACAGCACAUGGGGGCCAGCUCCAGAGACCCCAGCACCGAGGCCCACAAGAGGGCCAUGAAAAUCAUCCUCUCCUUCCUCUUUCUCUUCCUGCUCUACUUCCUUGCCUUUCUAAUCAUACCAUCCAGUUAUUUCCUUCCUAAAACCAAGACGGUCAUGAUGACUGGAGAAACCAUUGCAAUGCUGUACCUCACAGGCCACUCAUUUAUUCUCAUCCUGGGGAACACCAAGCUGAAGCAGGCAUUUGUGGAGCUGCUCCGGUGUGAGCCUGGGCAUCUGAAGCCUGGGUCCGGGGGCCCUUCUCCCCACAGAGCGGCAGAGGGCCAGGGGGGAGCCUAG